AUGCGGCUGCUCGCGCUCUCCGCUCUGCUCCUGCUCUGCUCCAGGACAGGGCGGUCUCUGCAGAUCCAGUGUUAUCAGUGUGAGAUGACCCAGGACUGCUCCGCUCCAGAGUUCAUCGUAAACUGCACCGUCAACGUACAGGACAUGUGCCAGAAAGAAGUACUGGUGAUGGACGAUGGAACUCAUUACCGUAAAUCGUGUGCAUCGUCUGGAGCGUGUCUCAUUGCGUCUUCAGGAUACCAGCAGUUCUGUACGGGUAAACUCCACUCUGUGUGCAUCACCUGCUGUAACACGCCCCUGUGUAAUGGACCCAGGCAGAAGAAGCGCCCCCUGCUGUCCUCCUCCACCUCCUGCACCCCCCCGUCCCAGAGCUGGAUACUGCUGCUGCCAUUCACACUGAUGCUCGUACAGAGAAUGUGCUGA